UCCUCAAUACGUUGCCUUCCUCAAAAAAAUUUACAGAAAUAUUGUGCGCUUGUUCUAUAUAAAACAAUCAAACAGGAGAUAGCAACACCCUAAUUAGGGUUUUUAAUCCGGUGGUGGACAUGGAGAAGGAAGAGAGAAAGGUGGUAAAUAAGAGAGGCGGAGGAGGAGGAGGAGGUGGAGAUAGCAUGGGGCGGUCGAGAAAAGGUUGCAUGAAGGGGAAGGGAGGGCCGGAGAAUGCUUUAUGCAGCUUUAGAGGAGUGAGGCAGCGGACGUGGGGGAAAUGGGUGGCGGAGAUUCGAGAGCCGAAUCGCGGGGCUAGGCUUUGGCUCGGGACUUUCAACACUUCCACGGAGGCAGCACUUGCUUAUGAUGAAGCAGCUAGAAAGCUCUACGGCUCCUCCGCCAAGCUCAACUUGCCAGACCACCACCAGCACCCGUCGACCUCAUCGUUGUCAUCUGCUAAUUUGACCUCUUCGGUUACUAAGCCUACUUCUGAGUAUGGAGACUCCGUGAGGGGUUCGAGUAGUGGCAGUAGUGGGGGUGGUGGUGGUGGUGGUGGUGGUGAUGGUGGUGGUGGUGGUGAUGCUUCUUUGGCUUCAUUGAUGGUUGGAGGUUGGAGUGUUGGAGAUUAUUUGUGGGAAAAUGGUAGUAGUACUAACAGUACCACUGGUUGUGUGUUGAGCAAUUGGGGUGCAGUUUGUGGAGAAAAGGAUUUCAUAGAGAUGAAUGACAUGGGAGUUAUGAUGGAGUUGGGAGGAGAUGAGUUCAUAAAUUGGGAUGCUUUGGAACCUCCAUCAUGGAACUAAUCAAUUAGCUAGUAGAGUUUGUGAAGGGUCAAAUAUGUCCUAGACUAGUAAUAACUUUUUGUGUAUAAGCUUCAUAUGGCUUUUUAGGAAGCCAAUUUUUGUUUUUGUUUUUUUUUUUUUAAUGUUAUAUGUUGGUUUAUGUUUUCAUCUAUUUUAUUUUUUAUGUUAGUGGAACAAAAAAA